AAAGUUAAAAAAGAACUAAACAUUGCCGAGAAUAUUGAACUUGCCCCACAUACUCUCCGCCGUUGCUUCGCGACUUAUAAUGCUAUUUCUGGCAUGCCUUUACCAGUGUUGCAGAAAGUUCUCGGACAUUCAAAAAUUAGCACGACUGCUUUGUAUAUUAAGGAUUCUGAUUUAACUAAAAAAACUAAGUAUCCGCAAAAUCAAGUAAUUACAAUAAUUGAGGAAUUAUUAGAGCAAACCAAAAAAGCUCUGGUUAAAGGGGAAGAAGUUAGGUUUAUUGGCUACUAUUCUCUAAAAACUACUAUGACUAAGCCUCGUAUGGCCAUGAAUUUACAAACUAAGAAAAAGAUGAAAGUUCCUAGUAAAAGAGUGCCUAAAUACUUCCUUUAUCUCACCUAUCGAGAAAUCUUAAAAAAAGAAAAUAAAGUCCUGUUUAAAGAAAAGUUUCAAGCUUGGGGAGGUGGACCAUUUUUAGAAUCAGUUUAUCGGCAAAUGAAACUUAAUUUUAAAGAACAUGAAAGUCUAGAUUGUUUAUUCGAGCAGGUGGAAGAUAUCGAAGACAAGACCAUUAAAUCUUAUUUGUCUAAGAUUCAUAGGGACUACCAAAAUUCGAAAAAAAAAGGUGGAGAAAUUGAUUUCUUCUUCCAAACUCAGGAUGAACCUGAACUGAUUACGGACUGCUUGCAUGAGCCAGAAAUUAAAUUUACUAAUGCUAUUAGUCAGGAGAUAGACAGUAAAAUAUUUACCUCUGAACUAUUUCAGAACUUAAAGUUGACUUGCCAAGAAGAAUUAAAAGAACUUUUGGAAACGGAUCACUUUCAUUUAGUCAAAAGUCGGCAUAUUAAAGAAAAAAUUGAAAAGCUGGUUGCUGAUAAUUACAUUAAUGUGGAAAAAUUGUGCCAAAUCCCUUUAGGCAAAGAACCAAGAUUAUACGGCAAUCUCCAAAAG